CCAAGGAGGUUGCGAUGGAGACAAGAUGAAACUGACGGGUUGUUUUUCGGAGGAAAGUGCCUCUGGGGUGUCCUUACCUGGCGGCUUCCAGGGUUGUAUCAUUAUCAGAAUCGUAUAUUUGAGGAAAAAGGAGGAGUGUAUUACAAUUUUGUCGAUGCCCGAGGAUUAUGGACCCAAACAAUAACGACCGGCGGCGUAACGGGUUGGAUAACUGCCUGUACACUUCUUGUUCUUUGUGGUCUUCUCUUUAUUUACUAUAGCUAACACGCCUUCAACGCAUUCAUUGUGGACAUUUUUUCUUCUUCUCAAAAAUGUUGAAUUUAGCGCUCUCUCGACGUGAAGGAUAUUCGUGGCACGUCAUGUUUUGCUGUUGGACAUGAAGGUGUAAGAAGCACAAAUCUGCGGACGCCGUUUCGCAGACACUAUGAUACAAUAUUUUGACAAAACCCUCAUUUUUUGUGUUACGCUCUAUUGCGCAUGCCUAGUGGUAGAUACAGAACGCUACCCGACGCCACUUCGCUCCGUCCUGGCCGUGAUGUAGGAGCAAAAGUGACGGGAGCGGAGGACUAAAAUAAUGCGUUGGCAAAGUAGCAGCGCGGCGACCAAAGGAUUUGACUUUAGAUCCUUCACGAAAUAGAUUGUGCCAUAAACUGAAGCAUGUCAGGGACACCAAAUGCAGAGGCUGAAGGAGUAGUCUCCAAAGUGAAAGUGAAAAAGGAGAUCAAGACAAUCGUGGAGAAUUUGGAAACCAUCCUGGGAGACCUCAAGGAUGUAGCCAAAGAGCUCAAAGAGGUGGUUCAUGAUAUUGACACCCUGACUUGUGACCUGCAACUUGAGGAGGACGGACUGACAGACAGCUCUAAGACAGACACGCUCAACUCCAGCUCGAGUUCCACCACCACUACCACUGCUUCCAGCCUGGAGAAGAUGAAGCUCUUCCCCGAUGACUGCAUCUUCAAACCACCUGCGCCCAUCGCCCCGGCCCCUGUCAACCCUCCUGCAGUCCUGACUGUACUCAAGAAACCCCACCCUCCCCUACCACCACCCAGACUUACCCCGCCGAGAGCCGAGGAUCACAACAUUAAGAAUCUGCCUCAUCCAACAUUAGUGUUAUCAGGGAAUAUAUCCAAGGCUACCGGGUCUCUAAUGAGGAAUGGCGGGGUUUUUCCUUUAAAACCAAACAGGGAUUUAUUCUCCUCCACGCCGUGUUUCAUUUCUAAUGACGGCGGAAUCCCUGAGUCGGGUCUUGUUCCUACAUUACCCAGACCCAUGCCUCUUCUCCGCCAUGAAAAGAACAAAUGUCCCAAGGCUCCUGGCAGGGAGUCUCGUGAGAGGGAGCGUGUCCGUUUCAGCGAGAAGGUCCAGUACCACGGCUAUUGCCCAGACUGUGACCUCCAAUACAAUGUAGACGACACAGAACUACACUUACAGGCGGAGCUGAACGACUUGAGGCUGAGCCCAGUGCAUUGCUGCUCUUCCUCCUCCUCCCCUCCUCCUCCCCAUGCUCUUUCUCAUGAACUAAUGUUGGAAAACGGUGGCCUCUCAGUCAGCCACAGUUUCCCGCCGACAGCGAACACUCUUCCACCUUGUGUGCCUCAUCACCCGCCUUCCCUCAAGCCCCAGAAAACAAUCCUACGCAAAUCAACAACUACCACGGUUUGACGCCGAAACCCCCUUGUUCUGUCCAACUUAAACAUUCUUGAAUCAUUCAUAGUGUUUUCUACUUUAUGAGCGCUUUCUACUCCGGUUGAACUUUGGAUUAUCCAAACAGAGGGAGGAAGGGUUGGGAGAGAAAUGGAUGGAUAAAGUGAGUGGAACAGAGAGAAAGGCAUCGCCAUGGGCGCUGCGACAUACACAGAGAGAUCAGGAAGAAGCGCAGGUCAACCCCCGUUUGUGUAGACCCUCACUAUCACUCACUGUGAUAUCUAAAAGACUAAGUGGACGGGCCCAUUGAGAUGCUUGAGAUACAAGUGGAAGGGAUGCUUGUUUCAUGCACUGAUCGACCCUGGUUGAUCAGGGAGGGGAGGAGCCAGAGCUGAGGCCCAGCAUCAACCUAACCCUUUACAUAAAGUGCUAAUGGCUCUCAACCACCAGGAGACGAGAUCAUCUGGACAAAUUCCUACUUGGACUUUUGAGCACUUAACAACCCCCAGGCACAGCUGUGCCAGGGCAAUGUUACUGUGAAAGUGGGGGAAGAGAAAUUUAAGAAAGUGCAUACAGAUAGAUGACCUUAUACAGUAGUUGUGUAGGUGAUAUUUUUUGUUACAUAGAAAUAGUUGAAUUAAAGAUUAGAACGCUGCUGAAACCCUAUCAUCAAAAGUAAAGAGGCAAGUUUAAAUAAAGAAGUACAAGAUGGGGUGAAAUGAUGUCAGCCAGUAUUUGAUUGAUGUCUACACAGACGUCUGCUCUGUGCAUACUCAGAUGGAAAUCAAUAGCUCCACUCAACCGAUGGAAUUUGCCUUUUAAGAAUUGUAAUUGUUUGUGUCUGGAGAGCCUGGCAGGUCUGCCUGUGAGAUAAACGCUGCUCUGCUGGACUGCAGAUAAGGAGAAAAUAAUAUUGUGUCAGUAUGUACCAUAUGCACAAUCACAUUGUUUGUUUUUGUUUUUUUGGAAAGACUAAUGAUUUGAAAUGAAUGAUGUGGUCACUGAUCUGUGUCCAGACAUUAUGUUCCUUGUACAUCAAAAUCUAUGUGCUCAACUGGUGCCAUGCAAGUUGUUUGUUUUUUUUUCAUACUAACAUACAGAGUAAAGUGGCAUAGUUACAGCUUUAAAGGAUCCUUGAAGAAGUAAUAAUUUGCAUCAAAUUUUCUUUGUAUACAAAUAUACAUGUACAUGUUUGAUAUCUAUAUAUUUCAGGCAUUUUUCUACAGAGACUUUAACAUUUAAAGAGAUGAUAUUUUUGAUAUUGUGCUGGAUGACUGAGAGGUACUUUGACGAGAGCUGACAUUCCCUCGAGGUGUGUGUUUUUCAGCAGGGCAUAGCAGGAUGAGUAAUUUAUAUAUAUAGCAACAGGAUAGUGUUUGUAUGUAUGAACUACAAAUUCUCCAGUAUGAUCACUUCAAGACACCUUACAGAAUAGGUUGUAUUGUGAGAAAGAAAAUAUAAGGUGGAGAAGAAAAAAUGGCGUAAACCAAAUACCUAGUUGUGCUUUAUCAGACGGGAGGCAUGGGGCUGAAUGAAUGCAUGACUGAAUCUUCACUUUGUCCUGCCAUCACUGUGUUUUUCUAUGCAUUUCUGUGGAGAGGCUGUCUGUUGGUGGGUACAACAUGCAGGGUGCUCUGCUCUCCAUAAUACAGAGUUAGGAAGGAUUCGCUGUCAUCCUCAUAUGAUGUCCAUCAGGUUAUUUCUGCAGCCACUAUAAACCUGACCAGUGUCCUGGGUUUUAUCACAUUGCUUAGGCCAAUCACUCAUUGAUCAUUAAAUAAUAAUAAUAAGGUUUAGUUAAAUACAGUACUGUGCAAAUGUUUUAGGCAGGCGUGGUAAAUAUGCUGUAGAGUGUACAAACAGAAGAAAAAUCUUAAUCAAAUCAGUAUUGCAGACAUUACAAUGUGCUUUACAAGGACAAAAUGAAAAGUAAAGAAACUGGGAAUUUACUGUGUGUGUGUGUGUGUGUGUGUGUGUGUGUGUGUGUGUGUGUGUGUGUGUGUGUGUGUGUGUACACAUUUUCAUAGGUCAUUUUGGAUCAAUAAAAGGGUGACAAACAUAUGCCGGAAAGUAACAAACAUUAUUUGAUACACACAGCCUCUCUCUCUCCACAUUCAGACUGGAGACACCACACUUGUAAACUCCAGCUCUUUGUUCUCACUGGACACAGAGACUGAAAUCAUGACCAAACUCUGGAUCAAUCAAGAAUCAGAUUUAAAGGUUAUUGGAUUGUCUCAAAAAGCUGUCAGCUGUAUUUUGUUGUGUGUCCACAAAUGGUUGGAAAAUAACUUGUGAGAAGUAAACACUUUACACUUAA